CAGCGAGGUAAAAAACCGUGGGCCGUAUCCCAUAUAGUUCCUAACUUUCUACAUAAGCACCCUACAUGUAGUGUCACCUAAUGGCGUUCCAGGCUCUAUGUAGUACACUACAUGUCCAACAGCGAGGCGUUUGUUAUGCAGCCGGUGAGAUUUUUGGAUUCCAGUCGUCCAGCACCGUUCCCACCAUUCCGCGUAUACAGUAUUUUCUCUGAGAGAAGUGAAAGCUCGCCUGUCUUUCUCUAGUUUUUGUUUUGUUUAACCACUAAAAGACUAUUAAUACUUUUACGCAUUUACAGUAUUCCUAUUGGAGUCGUUUUGUUUGUGUAUAAUAGAGAGACUCGUACUUUACAAGUGAAGUAGUGUUUAUCUUAAGCGACGCUUUUUAAAGAGCUUUUCAAACAGUUCACGCGACGGUUUGUAACGCUGAGCUCAGAUACUGUCAGAGUUCAGUGUGUCUGAAUCACAGGAGAGUCAUUUACAGGAAUUCACUGCAGGACAGCUGUUGUAGUUCUGCAGCUCAACGUAAGCCCGUAUCACGUCACUCAGGUCUGUGAAGAUCGGCAACAAGAAAAAUGUCAUCAAAGAUGCAGAGCUCGAAUAACAUAGCUCAGGCAAGAAGAAUCGUACAGCAGCUACGGAUAGAGGCAAAUAUUGAGAGAAUAAAGGUUUCUAAAGCCUCUGCAGACCUUAUGCAUUACUGCAGCGAGCAUGCCAAGUACGACCGUCUACUCACGGGCAUCCCGGCCUCAGAAAACCCUUUUAAGGAUAAGAAGCCCUGCACUAUACUGUAGUGGAAAGCACUAAUCAUGUGCUCUUUAAUGCCUCCUUUUUAUAGAGAGAAUAUUUUACCUUAAAGCAUUCAUACACUAGUCGCCUUAAAGUCAGCUAACCUCAUUCUCACUCUUCUUUUAUUCUCCUGCCCUCCAGGCUAGAACAGGAGUCUACACUUGAAACAUAUUCACUUCAAUAUUCACUUCAUUCACUUCUGUUCUAUUCAAGAAAACAAGACCAAAAACCUCUAAGCAAACAAGUUUUAUGGUGCAAUGACAAAGCUUGUGAUAGGAUUAUUUCUUUUUAACCCCACUAUUGAUCGCCAGAACUGAGAAGCUGUUUGCUGUGAUUGUGCUAUCUGAUGUGGUCUAGACCAGACCGUUUUGCAAAUAAAGAAGAAGAAGAAAAAAAAUCUCAGUUGGGAAGUACCCAAACAAAGAGCACUACUCAUCAAGGCCAAUUCCAUUUUCUUUGAUCAUCACACCCCCUUAAUGUCUCAGUUCUGAUCAGCAGUGCUCAGCAGUAGUGCUCUGACUCUGUGUUAUAACAUUCACUGGAGCUGAAGGUUCAGCCUUUCACCUUUCAAGGAAAGUGAGAGGAGUUCAGAGGCUCGAAACAGUGAUCCACAUGUCUAAUAAGUUUGUUUUUAUUCAUUCGGCAAGUGCGUUUAUCCAAAGUGUCUUGCAUAUGAGACAAAAUAUAAUUCGAGCAUAAAACCAUCCAGUAACUAGUGCUGAAAGAACUUACACUGUUCCACAUAGUAAUAAAUCAAGGCAACUGGA